AUGUCUGCUCUCUUUGCGCAAAGGCGUGAGGAGGAAGCGGCAAGGCGCGAUCGUUCCCUCGCCGAGUUCCUCGUCAUGCUCGACGGAUACAAGCCCCUCAUCCCCGAAGAGGUCACCGAGUACUACCUCCAGCGUGCCGGAUUCGACUGCCAGGACCCCAGGCUGAAGCGCCUGCUCUCCCUCUCGGCGCAAAAGUUCAUCAGCGAUCUCUCGCGCGACGCGUUCCACUUUGCCAAGCUGCGCGUGAACGGUACGACUGCCGGACGUGGCCGCCCCGCGACGGCCGUGGACCGCAACCGCGUCGUGCUCACCAUGGACGACCUCUCGCUCGCGCUCUCGGAGCAUGGCGUCAACGUCAAGAAGCCCGAUUACUGUGAGCUGCCAGCCAGUUGA